AUGGAUGUCAGUAUGGACAUGGAUAACAACAACGCUGCUGAUAAUAAUACAGGUAAUAUUCAAGACUUGAGUUUGUGUUCAUGAGAGAAAAACUUUCUCUGAUAAUUCUGGUGGUCUUGUCUUCUUGUAGAAGAGCAGCAGAACCAGUCAGAAGACUCAGAGUUGAAUGUAAGGCCGUCAUUAUCUCAGGUUAAAAAGUCCUGGGGCUUCAGACGGACAACAAUUGCAAGAAGGGAGUUCUUGGAAGAAGUUGGUGAUCUCAGCCACAGUCCUCCACCUGUCCGCAAAGGCAGAGGUCGUAAAACCAACCAGACGCCUCAGGCCCCUAAAGAAACCGACACAGCCCAGAGAGCUUCUCGCACAGCCAAGAGUGUUAUAGACGACCUCGAGUGGUCUGCGCCAUCCUCACCUGCGUCAGAGGAGAGCAAGCAAGCAUCAGAAACAUCAGCAGGAGGGGUGACCCUCGACCCAAGCUUGUGGCAAGAUUAUGGGUCCGCCUUCCACACAGCCUUCUCGCUGCUCGGCGGAGGUGAGGACUUGUCUUUGGAUAUGUCCGACUCGCAGGCAAUCCCGGACAUUUUCGGGGCCAGUCAUGCCCUUGAGCCCUCUCCUCCACAGGUUAUGGAUGAAGCUGAGGGGGCCGAUAACGUUGACUCCUCUGACGAAAUGGAUACUUCACAGCCAGUUGCUCCUGACACCGCAGAUACUGACAGUGUCGUGCUGAUCUCCAGUCAAGAAGACGACAGCGAUGACAUGACUCUGAUACAGAUUAAGGAGCAGAUGGCAGCCAAAGACAGGCAGGGCAACACAGGGGCGAAAGGGGGCCGAGGUGGAAGAGGAAAGGCCAGGGGAAGGGGGAGAGGCAGAGGUAGAGGAAAGGGAAGAGGCAGAGGUAGAGGCAGAGGAAGGGGUAGAGCGGUGGAGCUUCUAUCCAACAUUAUGGACAAUGAGGAUGAUGAUGUGGUGCUUGUUAGUCCAGUUGAAGAGCAGCUGCAAGAGGAGGGGAAAAUAAACAAUUCACACAGCCCCGCUGAAACAGAGAAACCGCCUGCUCACUCUGACGUCAGUCUGGGUCCUGCUGAGCCAUUAAGCUCUGACUGCAUAAUCAUAGACUCAGAUUUAGACGCCGCAAGUGAUGUAACUCCUGGCCAGUAUGAUGAUGCACCAGAACCCCCAGAAAAGGAGGAGGAAGAAGAGAUAAAUAAAGAUGACAAAAGUGGGGGAGAGUAUUCAGGCAAAUCAGUCUCUGAUGGCCCGGACUCAGAUACUCUGUGCUGCAUCUGUCGACAAAAACCAGAUGGCAGGUAAGUUUCAUUACUGCUCAAGGAUCUCAGGGGUAUCAGAGGUUUGCAUACCUCAAUCAUCUGUCAGUUUCACUUGCUGUUAACGGUUGUUGGUUCAACGUUUCAGGUUCAUGAUCUGUUGCGACAGUUGCCAGGGCUGGUUUCAUGGCGACUGUGUUGGCUUGAGUGCGACGCAGGACUGUUAUGUGGAUAGGAAAGGGCAAGAGUACGUCUGCUCCCGCUGCACUGCACAGAGUCAACUCCAACCUGAGCCUCAACUCCAACCUGAGCCCCUACUCGAUCCUCAGCCAGAGCCUGAGCUUAUCCUUCCUGAAUGCUUAAGCCUUCCUAGAGCUCUCAGUGGGGAAGGAGAGGAGAAUGAAGAUUUGCAAGAUGUGAAGGUAAGAAAUGUGGUUUUUUUUUGGUCAUCAGUCUACUAAUGGCUGCUUUUUCUCAACACCACUUUUAAAUACAGAAUUGUAUUUUCAGCAGCAACAUCAUUUUUGUCUGAUAUUUAGGUAUGUGAUAUGUCUUCAUGGUGUGCCUGUAUAGUGUCAGAAAAAUCUGCAAUAGUUAAACACAGUGACAGUAUUAAGUGUGUCACAACGCAGUCCUUUAAGUAUGGACACUUGCUAAAACUUUUACUGUAACUUUUAGUGCUUUUGUCUGUUCCUGUUUUCCUUUUUUUACAUAAUACCUGUAUUUGCAACACAUUUCUUUUGAAUUCUGUAUAUUUCAAAUAGCUUUUCACCACCAAUUCUACAUCUUUAUACUUCGUCAGCUAAAUGCCCAGCUAGGACUUGUUAGCAUGUUGUGUCUGACACAUUUACAUUAAAGGUUUUCACAAUUCACUGCUGUUCAGGCUGUUUAAUGGGAUGUUUUUUUGUUUUCUUGCCUGUAUUUCAGUGAUGAUGAAACUCUGAUUUACCAUUUGUUUUAUUAUUUUCCAUUACUUUAUUGUAUUUCCAUUGUUAUUCAGUGGCUGCUUUGCAUGGUAGAAGUUUGGUUUUGUGUGUCUGAGAUGCAAGUUUGGUUUCAGGAGGCAGUGGUGGUGGAGAAGGAAGAGGAGGAAAGGGAGAAGGCAACUGUUCUGAUUAAGUCAGAGCCAAUACCUGAACCUGAAGUUGAUAUGGAGACAGCCAGCACUCAUCCUCUGUGCAUUGGACCUGGCUGCUCCAAACAAGCCCUACAGGACUCUGUGUACUGUGGCACUGACUGCAUCCUUCAGCAUGCUGCGUUCACUAUGAAGACUCUCUCUGGCCCUAAGGUGCCUAAAUCUAAAGGUCGGGGACGUGGAAAAGCUUCUCCUGCCAGAUCAACAGUCAAGGUAAGUCAUUUCAACAUGGACACCAAGAAAUUGAAUUUAUGUGUGGUAUGUCCUCACCUUUAGUCUGUGUGUAGAACCAGCGUAAACAUCUCCUGGUUAAUGUAAAUGAUCUUGAUUUUUAUCACAGGGUCAGAGGUCUGGUAGAGUUUCAAAGAGAUUAGCAGGAAGAGUCGAGGAGGUGGAAGAUGAAGAGGAGAAGGUAAAGGAGGACGAUGGAGGAGGAAAGGAGGCUGCGUCUUCCUUAGCGUGCGACCCCGGUCUCUCAGAAGCUCAGGCCUCCUCCAUACCACCAUCUAAGUUUUACACAGCGUGUAUGUACCACUCGCUUCUCAUACACACUCAUAUCAUGCAGCACUUUACACAACAUGCACAAUGAGCCUAUUUUGGCGCUACGCAAACCUCCCUGUCUGUCUAACUUGUCAGUACGUAACACAAUCAUCCAAAGCAUACACACUUAAGCACAUUGGCGGUCUGUUUCUGGCUGACAAGUUGCAGGGUUCCUCAACAGGGUAAGUAUGGUCACUGUAGAGUUUGGUUGGUUUGAAUUCCCAAAAUGUGCUCAAACAGUCAAAACGGGUCAGGUUUACACAUUCAUACACACUCUUCUCAACCAGUCCCUAAACUGGAAACUGCAGCUCUCAUCUGUAGCAUGUGGGGAAGCAGGAUGUUUCAUUUUGAUGGGUAUCAGUGUGUUGACACAUGACUCCAAUAGUCAUCUCUGACAUCACAAAGGAUUUCAGAAGGUUCUCCUUUUCUGUGAAAAAGCAUCCGACAUGUUUGACCCAGAACAUGACAAUCAUCCCCAGAAUGAUGAACAGGAGGUGGAAGAAGCUUGAGUUGGUCUUAGGUUUUAGGGUUACAUCUCAGUGCGUCACGUCUCAGUGCUGAAUUUAGCAGCGCCUCACUCUGUAACACGUUGUGUACUGUGGAUAAAGUGCUUGCUUAUAAGAGCAUGACGAAGACUUUCCAGUCAAGAUUAUGUUUGAAUCAUAUACUGAAGUACACAUAAAAAAGCACAGUGUGUUUCCACAGCAAAAGGGAAGAUUCGAACAUACAGCUUUCUGCAUUUUUGAAAAUAGUUACCAACAUAUUUCAUCAUAAUUUCGAAGAUGAGAUUUUUUUUCAAACUCCAAAGAGUUGAACUCAACUCCCAUCAUUUAUUUUUGAACAAAUUAACUUUUUUAUAGUUAUCUGGAAACUUGUUAUUUCCAGAAAACAUUAGGGAGUGGGCAGUCUGCACGGCGGUGCAGUAACUGCUGGUGAUGCAGGAAGGUUACUAGUUUUGAAACCACAGUGCUCAUUCAGAAAGCAGUUUGCAUGGACCUGACAUGCAUGCUUGGGUUUCCUACCACAGUCCAAGUUUCUCUGGGUUGCUUGAAGACUCUAAAUUGCCUCUCGGUGUGAGUGUGAGUAGGACUGCUUGCUAUGGUAGCUCAGUGAUUGACUAGUGACCUUUUUUUUUUUUUUUUUUUUUUCCUUUUGCCCAAUGACUGGGAUUGGCUCAAGCCUCCAACAACUCUCAACACAAAUAGCCGUACAGAAGAUGGAUGGAUGAGUGAAUUGAUGGGUGGAUGAAUGGAUAAAAGAAAUGAAAUUCAGGCUUUUUGAUGUUGGUUGACUGCUGAGGUUGACUACUUCCCUCUGCUUUAGGUGACUGGACAAGUGGUUUAAAUAUAAACAUUCAUUUUUAUCAAAAAGGUUUGCACAUGACAAUGUGUGUCCUUUCAUAAAACACCGUAAGAUGUGCUCAUUAUAAUCUGCAAACUCUUUUACAGACUGUAUUGAUGAGCCAGAAAUUUUGGCCAAAAUACCUUUUUUUAGUUAUGCUAACAUUUCCUCUUGGUUGGAAAGAUCAAAUCACGGUGCAUCUGAAAAGAUCCCUUGUCUGCAGUCAUGUUGUGGGGGGCAAUCGUAUGUUUCUGAACUUAUAAUCCAGCGCAGCCCAAACCUGGACUGUUGAUUUAUCACAUGAGAAAGAAUGAUGACUGGUGAAAAAAUUUUUUAGCAUUGUGAGAGAAAAGUGCAACUGUUACGGUCUAAGCUGUCCCACUGACAUGAAUACUCAUUUGCCACACGAUUAAUUUGACAUUUUCAGUAACAUUUAAAGCACUCAGCAUUUCUUGCUCUCUUACACAGCCAAUACAUAAAACCUGCCAACACUUACACCCCGGUACGCAUCAGUCAUGUAGUCAGCUUAAAGGCGUUACACUCCCAGAUUGUCUGCAAAGCACAUUGUCUUGCUCUCUCAGACCUCAGUAUUCAAGCACCAGUCUCAGUGGUCUUCAGCCUCUGGAUUGCUACAUCUCUUCUCCUGCAAGUUACAUAAAUGUUUUGUAGAUUUAAGGUAUAUCUGCACUUAAUGCAUGAAAUACAUGAAAAAGCCCGUACAGUGUUAGAGUUCAUACUCUUGGUUUUUGCUUUAACUGCGGUCCUUCCUCAAACCUCAUUGCUCUUGGAAGACUAACGUCAUGUCUCGAAAUGCCGCAGCUUAUAGGGCACUUUUACUCAACUCACACAAACACACAGACUUUGAAGAGUCAUGCACAUACACAACAUCAUCAGCUCGAUAUCAUCCUGUAUGAACUGGACUGGGCAGCUGGUUUGGAGGUGGUGGAGGAGUUGACUUCCUGCUGCAGCGUCACAUUGGAGACUGGAGGGUUCAUCCAGGUGGAUGCUAAAAUGAAGUCAACCCCCCCUGAGUUCAGCAAAAUAGCGUAUUGAGGACGACUGUCAUCAUAUCCCCAUGAAGAUGAUUCUGAAGUGUCAGCUGGCCACCUCCACAAAACUGCUUCGUUUUUCUGAACGUCUGAGGAAUGACUCACCCAUCUGCAAAUCAAGAUGGCUCACAGUUCACCACACAAGCACUCAAUUUCUUGGGAUGGAGCAUCUCAGCACUGAAAGUUAGAGAUCAGGGGUGCAAUGGCUCAUUACCCUCUCUUACCCAUUGUAAUUUCCAGGUACAAAAUCGUGUUAAAAUCUCAUUCCUGAUAUUUUUAACAUUUACACCCUUAUUUUUUGCUCACACACUCAUACAUGCACCCAUGCUUCUCUUUAAAGUAUCACUACAUAGAUUUCUGCAAACAAACUUCCUACUUCUGUUUUUUUUUUUUUGUGAUCACCUACCUGAAGUCAGCUUCUGAACAUUUAAAUAGAUGUCAGUUUAAAAAUAGCACAUUCACCUCACACUCACAUACCCGAAAAUAAAACACUGAACAUACAUCACAGACACAAUGCAACUGGUUAGUUAUUUUAAUGAACAAAAUUUCCACUGCAGAGAGAGCUUAAAACACAGAAUGCUUAAUUACUGAUAUUAAAACUACCAACAAGAAUGGCCUCUUAUGCUUGCUUAAACUAAAAUAUAUACCGUGUUUUAAAUUCUGUCUACAGCUGUGUCAGAAACAAGCUUGACAUUGCAGUAGAUAUAUUUCCAAGUCCCUGUGUAAUUGAAUUUUAGUAGGAAAUUUAAAGUUUUGUAGAUGUAGUUUGUCAAAAAAAGAGCACCUCUUCUAAAAGGCUUCCUCUGUUCUGAAGUAACAGGAGCCAAAGUUGGUUGUCCAGCUGUAAAAUGGGUGACCUGGUCACCUGAGAGUUGUUAGCAGGGUCAUUGAUCUGGUUUCACCUGGGGGUGCCCUCCUGGGUCUCUUCAGGUUUGCCAUGCUUGCGUGAUGUUGGAGCCUGUGAUCCAGCAAGAAAACGUUGUUUUGAUUGUUGGUGGAAGGAAUCCAAAGCUGAAUUGUAAGUUGGGAAAAAGAAGUGCCUCACAAACUUAUUUUAAUAAUUUAUCAUUAUUUUGAUAUCAGGUGGUUGCAGACCCUUUGAACAUUAAAAUCUAGAUAGUGAUGGACAUUAAAUAGAGUGAACAGUUAAAUGGGAUAUUCCAGCGUAAAAUUAAGAAAGGGUCAAACACACCGCAACACCGAGUUAUACCCCCCCCCCCCCCCAAGAGAUGAAGAGAGAAUUUUAUGCCGGAAUAUCCUUGUAACAGUUCUAAUGUAAAAUUGAUAGAGUGCUCAUUUUCUAGCUUGUAUAGAUUAUAUAACCCCUUUGAUGCAUGAUAUACAGUUCAACAAACUCUUAACCAUUUCAGUCUGCUGUGAGAUGCUUCAUUUAACCCCCCCCACCCCCCACCCCCUUGCAGUGUUCCAGAACCCAUCAUUCUGGAAGCCGCCUUCACUGUUGCCAAGCAACUAAGUUAAAAUGACAAAUUUGCCCUUUUUUGGGGGGCGGUGGUUUGAAGAAGCCAUUCCUAGCACCUUGUAGCCCCAACUUUAACACACAUUAUCCUUUUUUGAAGUAUAAAAAAAUGUAAUACCAUCUCCUUUAAAAAAACAAGAUUUUAAAACUUCUAUAAAAUUUCUUCAAAAGUGAAGGAUAAGUAGUAAUAAUGGUCUCUUUAGCUUGAAUAAAAUUCUGAUUACAAAAAUAUCAAGAUGUUUGUAACUCCGGCUGUUCACAACAUUUUGGAAAAAAAAGUUAGGAAGAUUACCAAAUCAAAAUGAUAAUAAAAAACAAACAAACUCACAAACACAAAAACAUGCCCUGAGUUUCUUGAACGUAAGCUGCACUGGUCCGUUGUGAUCAUCCAUCAUGGCCAUCUUUGGAAACCCCCUUUAAAUAUGCAGCUCCUGAGGUCGUCACCAAGCUGCCUCCUCCUGGAAAGGAAAGGGAUCCAGCUGUUGUGUUUCAGGCUUUUUACAGGUUUACACUUGGGGUGAGGUUUGGAGAUGAUCCAGACUCGUGGCAUGAGAAGUUGCUCAAUCUGGACAUUCAAGGACACUAAGUGAACCGUAGUGGGAAUGUCCUGGUGCAAGUAGCUGAGUGUGAGUGGUGUCUCACAUGACACACUUGAUCAAAACUUGCGUACACUGACAAGUUCUUGUCAAGCAGCGUAAAAGAACUCAUGACUUCAUUUUUAAUCUCAGUAUUUCGAUGUUUGAGUGGCUUUUUAAAGCUCAAACAUUUAAAAUAACCCAGCCGUCUGUAGAAAGCAGUAAAAUCUCUGGAUACAUGGAUGUGAUUAAAGACGAUGAUCAGUGCUGUGCGAAAUGGGUUUUACCUGGGCUUACACUUGGCGCAUCAACAUUCUCGUUUCUAACUCUCAUUUCUUGAGCUGAAGGUUUUCUUUAGAGUUGAUCAAGCACCAGGUUUCCCACAUUUUCUUUUUCACAUUUCACUUUCAGUUUGUGAAGCACUGAACCGACCACUUAUCAAAUCAGGCGUGAAAGGACAACUUUGAAGAGAGAAAUUUUUGGUUUAACACACUUCUCGAUCUCCACUCUAGGAGAGAUCUGUGCACAAUCAACACACUACAGCCCAACAAUCAACACAACAUACAGUGAAUGAGUCUUUUGAAGUUGCCGUUAAAUGGUGUCAAAGCAUAUCAAGACUUCAAGCUAGUCUUCCACCUUUAGACCAUCAUGGAUACAAAACAGCCUCAAGUGACUUUAUGUUAUUCAGGAUCUUGUUGAAAAGGGAGCAUUCAUGCAACCAGUGAUUCAACAUUGCUUACAUUCAUCGACGUCUGACAAAGCUGUUGGCUUUGACCUCUAAACCCAGAUGCCUUCUUUUGUACCCACAAAGAUCCCUCUAGACCUUAACUGGAGACAUUUCCUUUAAUAGUUGACUCCCUCUUGAUUUGGGGUUGUGAAGGGGUGAAAAAUCAUUUCACUUAUACACCUACAUGGAAGAUUUAUCAAAAGCAUUACUUCAUGUAGCCACAACGAUCAAUUGCCACAUAACUCUUCACAGCGAGAUAGACAACAUCACACUUGGUCAUGAUUUUUGAAGUUUAUAUAUCUAACUUUAGCAAAUGUAUUCCCUCCACUCUCAACUUUGUAACCCGAAACAACGGAACAGCCUCUUUCUCCUACUUUGUCUACUCGCUGUCAUUAGCUGAAAAGCCAUUUGCUGUUUGCUGGAAGAUUGGGCCUUGUGUCUAUCUCCAAAACAGGUGUACUGCUAGUAUAUUUGUAUCAGGCAAACUCAUUCGAUCAUGUCUGAGAAAAGCUACUCUCCAUAGACUUUACAAAUGAAAGCACCCUUAACUUGCACUCAUCAUUACAGCUCAUUCACUUGGAUCUGAGUGUUCAUAAAUACUUGGCUUUUAGUCUGUGUUAAUAAUUUCUCGGCAGUGACACAAGUGUGUUGACAAUUUGAAGGCUGUGACAAAAAGGAAUUACCAAAUGAUUUUUAGUGAGACAAAAAAAUUGGUGUUAAAUCAACAGAAAAUUUCUCUCAGAUAGAAAGAUGUUAGGUAAUAUAUAACCUACCAGCUCCAGAACAAAACUAGAGAAGCAGAGAAACCAAAAGAUAUCCCGGUCAAAAAUUAAGAGUUUAGACAUUAAAGGUUUAUCUUUAUCUUAUCUAUUUUUAAACUGAAUUUCUUAGGAACAUGAAUCAGCCAUUAAGGAAGUUUGCUUGUUAUUAAAGAUUGCCCCAGCUUUAUUGAAUUGGGUCUUAAUCUAAUUAUGGAUCUCUUGGUGUUCAGUAAAUUGAUUUGUUGACUCAGCCAGAGUGCAGUGUGACCCAAAGAGAACAGUGGCAUGUAAACAGCUUGUGGUUUUUGUCAAAUGCCCUCACAGACGAUCUGAUGUAAUAACUCACUGUGGCUUUUGGACACAGAUUUACACCACAAGUAAUUUUUCAAAGAAACAAGCUGAGUAGGAAUUUAAAGUCUGAAAGAGGUAUUUUCUAACAGCGGUGUUGCCGAAGAGUGUUUGCUUUUAACAGAAAUCUUUUUUUCUUUCUGUAGUUUUUUUACUGCUUCACUCUCCGAAUCCCCUCUGAGCGUUUUUUUUCUGAGCUCUGUAAGAGUCGGAUCAUGUCAGUAAUUCAGCUUUUAUUUAUGAAACACAAGCGCCCUCUACUGGCUUUUCUUACAAUGUGCAACCACACAGUGACCGACCUUCAUAGAAACAGUUUUUCUUUUAUUUCCCCUCUCUCGUACCUUAUAUAAUUGACUUUAUAGUGUGCUGAUUAUGUCACCCCAAAUAUGCUUUUCUGAAUAUUAGUUGAGAUUUCUCCAGCAAUAUUAUUUCCAGAGAUCGAGUGAUGAUGGCUCACUGAGAUUAACAAAAAUAGUCCAAAAAAAGGCACCCAAAGAUGUGUGUACGUGUGUGUGCAUAAAUUACAGGCAUGUUUUAUUACAAGGCACAAGACUUAUGAGGCAGGAAAUAAGGAGGAAAAAAAGGAGAAUGACCCUUAUUGUUGCCUGGAACUUCCGCCUAUUGUGAGCCCUCUGUAGGAUUUCACAAAAACAACAAUAAAUGACUGAGGAAUAUAUUUUUUGUGAUGGAGAAUCAUACAACACAAGAUUUGCAGUGAUUUACACUGGCAAGUGGGAUUAAUGUAUGAUGCCCCUAGAGAUAACAUUUAUCAUUUAUGAGCAAAUGGUAAUUUUUCCCUCAGGUGAUGGUGUAAUAAGAAGAUUGAUGUCACUUUUAUAUGUAUGAAAGGCCUGCAGCUAGUAACCUGUUCGCUAUCUUUUCAGAGGUCAUAUGAAUGAGUAGAAGCUCUACAAGCAGUGCUUUUGCUCUGUUAUUUAGUUUACAGGGAUGUGAUAUAGAACAGAGAGUAGUAUUUUACUUAAUGGAGCCUCUGAGAGACAAACUGGAGCACUGAUCCAGGUCUUGUGUUUGGAAAACAUUAAAAUUUAAGUUCGAAGACCCCUUUUCAUGGUGGAUUUUUCAAGUCCAUUUUUAUUUUUAUUUUUUUACAUAACUAUUUUUUUUUAGCUUCAUACAAACAAAAUAGUUCAUCAAGAGCAAGAUAAAAUGAGAAGGGGAUUAGCAAAGAAUAAACUUCUGCUUCAACCCAUUAUUGUCAAAAACUGUCCAUUGUACACAACUGAAGCGCAGAUUUAUGCAGAACUGGAGCCAAGACCCCCUUUGGUUCUCUGUCAGAGUUACAAGCACAGACACACAAUAAGUAACAAAUAGGAAGAAGGAUUUGUACAUAUUCUGCCCAAACAAAUAAAGCACAUAAAAAUCUGAUUAGGUUGUGGCAACAUGGUAAAGGGCUGUGUGACCAUGUAGCAACUUUGCUGCAAACCAGACACUCAUCACAGAGCAGUGAAAUAUGAAGCAUGGGCUUCAUCACUGCUCAACAAAUAUAUUUAAAAAGUUUCAACAGAGGUUUCACUGACAGUGAAGGUAAAAAUCCCGGGCUGAAACAGUAGUUGAAAAAGUACUGUAUAUUUGUGUUGAGUAUUGAUGCUUCAGAUCAAGUAGUGACGAAUUGUGGUUUGUUUAAUCACCCUUACUGACACUGAGCUUCAAGUCCAAGAUUCUAUAAAUGAGUAUGAAAAAAGGUGAAAGGGCAGUCUCUUACCAGUUAUGCUUAUUUUUCUUUUAUUGCUAGCGUGUUUCAUAGAGGCAGAGUCAAAACUGUGACAGGCUGUCCCUUCAAAAGUGAGAAAUAAAAGCCAACCAAAGCUGCUGCAUUUAUGAAAUAUCUAAGCCCUUUAGAUGUUUCUGAACGGAAAAUAUUUUCUGAGGAGAAGUAUGCCCCCCCACCACCACCCUUUUUGUUUUUUUGUAUGAGGAAGGAUGAGGAAUUAAAAGAAGCAAAAGGAGAAAAAGAUGAUAUUGAGGUCACUUUUAGUUGAUUUUUUUUUAGUUGAGCUGUGUUGAAUAGAAGGUUUUUUACUUUUAUUCUCAAGUGAAAAGUGUAUCAAGGUUGUUAAAGAAAUCUUGUACUUUAUAUAAAUAAGUCUAAAGAUUUCUUUGUGUGAGAUAAAUAACUUGAUUGUUUAAAUGAAAGAAGAGACAAAAAGUUAUUACUUGAAUGUGAAGUGACAGAAGGAAAAGCAAAACUGCCUGUUAUGAAAGCAACCAAUAUUCAAUUUAUUUAUUUAUUAAUUAAUGUGUAAACGUUUCUAAUGUCACAGCACAUUCAAGUUGGCAUGAAAGGUUUACUUCUUUGACCACUGUCAGGUACCUGAAUCCAUGGACUAUAUCUUGAUGUAUGAGUUAAAAGACUGUGUUGUGAGGAUAACAACAAGAAAGGCUUUAGUGAUUUUGUGAUGUGAAGCUUCCUCAUUACCCGUGAACAAAAAUAAGAGUCAGAGCAGGGUCCCUCAGAGACGCUCUGGUGAAGCCAGUGGGAGGUUAAUGGAAACUCAGCUGAAUCUCUGGAGGAAAUGGUGCUUAUGGGGAGCUGUGGGCUGCACAGUAGUUGGUCUGAAUGACAGAAAUUGUAAGAAAAGCUCCAAAAUCAGUGGAUUGACAGAUUAGAUGGUAUUAAAAUGGUGAAUAUAGAGACAGAAGAACAGAGUUGGACUAAAUGACCCACAGAGAGAAAAGGAUGAACAGAAAACAAAAACUGACUAAGAACAUUUGAGUGUUAAAAAAUGAGGAUGGAGUUUGAUUUCUUGCUCUGAUCUCAAAACACUGCAGAGCCACUGUGUGCGAAGUUUGAAGAAGUUGAAGGGGCAGCUGAGAUGUUCUCACAGUUAGCAGAGGAGCGUUGUAGCUUGAACAACACUGACCUACUGUUUUCUCCUCUUUUCUCCCCCACUUUUACAUGCACACACACACACAAAACACAGGCAUGACACAACUCCAGACAUGUAUGCUCGUUUUUCAGGUCACAUUAUAUGGGUCAAAGUCAAACCUUUGCUGUUAUAACAGCUCUGAUGGUGCAGUGCAGCUUAUUAGUAGUUCUGAUUGACGCUGGUGGACAAAGUAUUCAAAUCUUUUUUUGAAAAUGAGAUACCUUACUUCUAUAUCAAUAUUUUACAAGUACAAGUACAAUAGUAAGAAAACAAAUCUUACUAAUAUUAAGUCAUGAUUCUAAAUAAUAAAGGAAGAUGUUGGAUGACUACAUUAAUUAGAAUGAUGCCAAAGAUGCACAAUUUAAAAAUAUCCCAGGUGUACUUAAGGUUGUCUUACUAGAACAUAUGGGACACAACUUUUUAAGUAAUUCAUUCAUAAAAUCUGUACAAACAAAACACAAAAAUAAUACAUAGAUUUUUUUAAGUAAUUAAAAACAGAUUUAAUUUGCAAGCAAUUGUGUUGAUUUUUAUCCAUCUGCAUUUUUGAGAUAAAAAACAUUACUGCAAAAAAAAAAAAGUUUUUAUAAUUUGAAUAAGAUGAGAAUAUUUUCAAUGUGAACUUAGUGAGUAAGGCAGCAUAAAGUCAUCGAUAACAACUAUUCCAGGUAUUUUUCAUUUAUAGAAAAUAAAGAAAUCCGACAUGACAAGAAGUGACAGACUGUAUGGCUCUUUUUACAUGAAGAGGGUCCAGCUAUUUACAGGUAGAGAGUGUAAAAAUGGAAAUAUUUAGUAAAAUCUAGCCAUCAGGUUAUGGAUUGAAAUGCUUCCUUGCUCACUUCUUCUUUUAUUGGUGGUUUAUAACAGUUCCCAGAUUGUUAAUUGAUCGGUCAUUAUAAAAGGUUCUUUCUUUUUCUCACAGCUAAAGAGGACAGGAAAAAGUCAGAGGCUGAAACUGUCUCAAAACAAACUCCUAUAGAUGCUGCUCCUGCUUCUGAGCCCACCAUUGAGCCAGCCCCACUACAGAGUCAAACUGAAGAAAAACCAAAGGAAACAAUCAGCAGUGAUGCACCAGUGCAGAACACUGCAGAACCAGUUUCUUGCCCACCACCUAACUCAGCAAAAUCAAAUUCAUCUGCAGCCACUCAAUCCCCAUCAGCCUCAGCUCCAAGACAACAUGAAACAGGGGCGCUCAUGGUCGGCAAAACGACAUAUGUCAUACCAAAGAAGCAGUCUGGACCGCCCAAGCCUCCAUCUAGCAAAGUGUCCGCUUCCACAUCAGGUCAAAAGGUAUCCUCGGCCUCCCCGCUGCUGACCGAAACCAGAAAUCUGCUGGUGCCCCCUGCACCCAGCGCUCCCUCCUCCAGACCCUCUCAGCCCAACAACCAAGUCAGACAGAGCAUCCAGCGCACCCUCACCAGUAUCCUGUUUAAAAGGUGAGAGCAGUUUCACAGGCGUGCUGGACUUCAUCUGAUAGACUAUUGAUAAGCUUCUUGAGGAGUUCAAGUGAAGAAGUGCAAAAACAUGGAUGCUGAGCCUUAAAAUCGUGUAUGAAAACAACAUGGAAAUGAUUUAACAAGCAGGACCUUACACUACCAUGAAAGGAGCAUUUAACUUAAAGUCAACAUUCACUUCACUACCUGGGUUUUUAUCAUUACAGUGGGUCCUAUCUGUGGUAGCAUUUCAUAAAGAUUAGGUAGAUGAGUAAAAUUUGCAUCUCUAUCAGUUGGAUAAGCACUGCUCAGAUGAUUCAUUGACUUUCUUUCCAUUCCUCCAGGGUGUGCGAUUGUGAGGAUUUGGAGAUGACAGAAAGUGAAGUUAUAAAGCUCGUGGCAAGCAUCGAGAUGGAAAUGUUUGACAUAUUUCGCAACACAGACAGCAAAUACAUGAACAAGUACAGAACAAUAAUGUUCAACCUGAAAGACCCAAAAAACAAGGUUUGUUUUUAAGGUCCUAAAUCUCAUAUCUGUGAAUAUUACUGUUGUUAAAUCUUCUAAAAUGACUUGUAGGAGCAACUCUUAGUUGCGCCCACUUUCAGCAAAUUCACAGUCAUUUCGUGUCUCUUCAGGGUUUGUUGACCCAUGUUGUACAUGGUGAAAUCAGUCCUUUCAGACUGGUCAGGAUGAGCCAGAAGGAUAUGCAGGCUGUCAAAGUAUCUGAACCAAGUCCAAAACCAGCAACAGAGGUAAAGUGUUAAUUUAAAAAACAUAACCACAAAGAUAAAUUUUGAUAUUAUGCUUAAACUUGUUAUCAGACUCAGAGGGGUCAAGCAGUGUUUGGGUAAAAAGUGAUUCAGCUACUGUUUCUGUGUUUCCAGGCUAAGGAUGUUCCUAAAGUGGCAAAUCUGCUUCAGAAGCCUGAGGCAGUGAAGGUGGAUUUGCCCAGUUUGAAUCCUGCCAGACCAGUUAAAAGCACAGUAUGUACUCCUUAAUUUGCCUUCAUACGAUGGUGCUUGUAGGGUCUUUAAAUUGUCUACUUCUACUAAAUUGUCUACUUCUUCUAGGCAAAGUCUAAUUGUCUGUGUGUAAAUGUUUUAUGUUGCCACCCAGGAACAAAAGAAAAGUCUACCUGCGCCUUCUCUCAAGACUAAAGCAAUCCAGCCAAACCUGAGCAAUGCUGUACCAGAUAUUCUUGCUUGUAUGCUGAAAGACACAACAUCAGAGCACAAAGCUCACCUCUUUGACUUGAAAUGCAAGAUAUGCACCGGUGUGUUGACAUUUUUUUUACAAAGGCUACACAAUAUUAAAUGUAAAUUAUGUAAAAUUUUCGGUCAUUUACAGUUUUUCAAAGUAGAUUUUUAUUGUUUCUUAAAGGCCAAAUGACUGUUGGGGAAGAGGAGGAACCUAUGAAGAAAAAGACAAAAGUUUCUGAAACACGAGAUAGAUAUGAACCCUCUUGGAGAAAGUCUGCAGGAGAUGAGUCCCCGCUGAUGGCUCCACCUGACUCACCUGACAUGGAUUCUCCAACAUCAUCCCUAAUUGAUCCGUCCUCCCGCCUAAUCAUUGAUGUUCCAGGUAUGAAUACAGUGGAAACCCCGUCUUCCCCCACUAUGGAUUCUCCAGCUUCCCCAGUUUUGGAGUCUCCAGCUUCCCCUGUCAUGGACUCUCCCGCAUCCCCAACUCAAGAAACUGUCAAAGCCUCUGCACCAAAGAGGGCAUACGCACCAGUUGUGAUUCCAGCUGUCUCCACAGUAACAAUCACAAGGCGGGAUCCCCGUACAGCAGCUGGCAGGUUUAGUGCUUCAUCUAAUAGCAACUCUGGCACCAGAACUACAACCCAAAACCAGCCAACUCCUUAUGCCCCUUGUAAAGAGAGUACUUCUACCAUGCCCUCAGUACCAGCCUCUUCAGUACCACCAAAGAAAUUACCUAAAUCUAUCUUGAUGAAACCAUCUCCCUCUACACAUCCUAGACUCUACGGCACACCUUUAAGGUAUGUAGGAAUCAAAGUUCAGAGAAUAGUCCUUUAACUGUUGUACUUCUUCAUGUGUUAGAAUUGGUUUGAUCAGAACUACGAUAACAUUCAUCUUUGACUUAUUUUGCUCUUCUGUUUUUUAUCAUAGGACUGCAUUAUCAGUAUCACCAGCUGACAGUGAGACAGCUCAGUUUUUGGCUAAAGGAGACAUUGUAUGGAAAGGAUUCCUAAACAUGCUUACUGUGGCAAAGUUUGUCACCAAGGCAUAUCUUGUUUCAGGACCUGCUGAAAAUCUCAAAGCGGUAAAAUGAUUUUUUUUUAUUCAUAGUUGUAUCUGUAGAGAUCUGUCAUCAUGAUGAACAAAGUUGUAAAGAUUUCUUUUCUUCUUAUAGGAUCUCCCUGAUACCAUUCAAAUUGGGGGACGAAUUAUGCCCGAAACUGUGUGGGAUUAUGUUGCCAAACUUAAGACCUCCAUUACAAAGGCAAGUAGUUCAUAUAAUUUUUCUUUAGGCACCUGUACCAAACUGUUGAAAAUGAAACUGUUAAAUCUUGUUUUGCUUUUUAGGAGCUAUGUGUGAUCCGGUUUCACCCUGCAACAGAGGAAGAGGAGGUGGCAUAUGUCUCCCUCUUCUCAUACUUCAGCAGCAGAAGACGUUUUGGUGUGGUUGCUAAUAUCAGUCGUUCCAUCAAAGAUGUGUACCUUGUUCCGCUCAGUGCAAAGGAAUCAAUUCCACCCAUACUACAACCUUUUGAAGGACCAGGUAAGAUAUUGUUUUACUCCUGUAAAAAGUCUUUUGGCUUUUUUUGGCUUGUGAUAGCACCUACAUUACAGACAUCAACAGUGAGAAGAGGCUAAUACCCAAGCAAAAUAUCUCCCCUAUAAAGAGUUCAAAAAGAAUAAUGAAGGAUACCUCCCCAUUAGUACUGAUUCUGGUUCUGAUUCUGCUUCUAAACAUUAGAAAAAAUAAAACCGAAAAUGUUGCUUUCUGUGGUCUGCCAUGAUCUUCUCACAACUUCAUGUAUGUACUAUGUAACUAGUGAUGUAAUGUUAACAUACACAGCAGGUCGUGGCAGAUAAGUAAAACUUCCUGUGACUGCAUAGUUCUUGCAGAGAUUUAAUCCUGAAAGAUUUAUGUUGCCAUUAGUAUCCAAAAAGCUGGACGCUUUUUCAAAUUCAUGUAUUCCAUAAAGUUAGAAUCGGUUCCAAGUUUGAACCGUUCCCAAAUCCAAGCCUAAUGAGGAGGGAAGACAGGGCACAGUUCAGUCCAGAGUUCUUAGUCAAGUCUUUUUAAUGUAACACUUUGCUUCUGUUUUUUUGAAAUCCUGAAUGAUUUUCACAACAGGUAAAUCUAAAGUUUUUAUUUCACAGGACUUGAGAAAAAUCGACCCAAUCUUCUUCUGGGCCUGGCGAUCAUUCAGAGAACAAAACGUCCAGGAAGCGUCACUCAGGAAAUUGAGGAGAAGAGACCUAAAGUUUGCCCGUCCAAGGAUGCCAUGUGGAUCCCAAAACCUCCAGUCCUGUAUGGCUCUGACAAGUUGGAGAUGUUCCAGCCUUAUGAUCCCGAGACUCCAGUAAGCACUACCCCUCCCAGUUCUCCACCUUGCCCUGGCUCCCCAUCUGGAUCAUCUUCCUCUAGCUCAGUCACCAUACCAUCUUUUUUGACAUCCGUUACAACAAAGCCUCCCGUUUCGACAUCCGUCUCUGCUGCUUCUCCUCAUCCCUCUAAUAUCCUCUCUGACAAGGAUCCUCCGUCAGAAUCAAACAAUAAAACACCUUUGCAGACCAUCUUGAAGACUUUGUUCUGCAAUAAGAAAACCAACCCCAAAGACUCUUCUGGUGGAGGCUCUACUCCAAAAGUUUCUGGUAAGAAUAUCCCAGCAUUUUCUCAGGGGGCAAUAGUGGAUCCAAUUGUCCAACAGUAUGGACAGAAAUCUAAAGUUAAAGAAAUAGAGGAGGAGGAAAAUGACUUUGACAGACCAUAUGACCCAGAGGAGGAGUAUGAACCAGCAUUGGGGUAUGGAAUGGUUACAGCACAUAGCAUAGGAAACAAAAGAGGAGAUGAGCCUACAUUAUCAGGCUCUGCAGAUGAUGAUGUUGCCUAUGAUCCAGAGGACGAGACGAUCUUUGCAGAUUUUCAAAGUGACAUUGGAACCAACUCUACUGUUUCGGCUCCCCCUGCUCCAAGCCAUACACCAGAUCUCCUGUCAUUACCAACCUCCAAUCCAUCUACAGCGCUUGCUCCUGCCUCCACUCCAACACAGACUGCUAUCCCCAGUGAAGUUACAGGGCACCUUCCAAUGGGCACUGUAGUUGUCUCAGCAGCAACACUAACUGAACAACAGCGAAUGCUUGAGGAGCUUAAUAAACAGAUUGAAGAGCAAAAGCGUCAGCUGAAAGAGCAGGAAGAAGCUUUACGCCAACAAAGAGAGGCUGUGGGUAUGUUCAUGGCUCACUUUUCUGUCUCUGAUUCCUUGAUGUCUCCCCCAUCAAAGUCUGUACCUCUCAGCCAACUGUCAUCAGUGCAGAGUGGCACAAUGCAAACAGAGUCAAAGCCUGCAGAAUUAACAAACAAGACGAGCAGUCUUACUGAGACUAUUGAUGCUUCCAAUGUGGAUUCACAAACUGCUAAUAUAGAGGGCACAAUUGCCAUCCCUGAUUCAAAAACUGAUACAAAUAUUGUUACAGAGCAAGAUGAAACACAGGAAAAAGAAGGUGAGGGGUGUCCCUCUGCUGGAGAGAUUGAAGAUUCUGAUGUAGCUUAUGAUCCUGAGGAUGAAUCUCUUUUUGACGAAAUUCAAGAUGAUGUAUUUCGAGCAGGGACUCAUGACUCAUCUUCGUCUAAAACAGGGCAUAGUACAAGUCAAAAGGGCAGUACCAAGAAUUCAUACCACAGCAAAAAGCAGAGGCUUUCACCAAAGAGGCGGAGUCAUCGUGAGAGAGACAGACAUAGAAGUCCCUCAAGAAGGUCACAAAGGCGUUCUCCUUCUCAUUCCCGCAGACGCAGAGACAGAGAUAGACACAGACGUAGUGAGAGGGAGAAGUCAGGGAAUAGAUCCAGAGACCACUCUGAACGCCGUGGUCGCCAUCGAAGAGAACGAACCACAUCUCGGCAUUCUCGUGAACAUGGGAGGUCCCCGUCUUCUCAGAGAAAAAAGGAUUCUGUUACUCCGCCAGCAAAACAGCACAGAGAACAUUCCCCUGAGGUCCUCGAGAAGUUAAAGCAAUCAAGUGGUCAGUGCACUGAUCCAGACUUUUCAAAUUCUGUUGUUGGUCAGCAACAGAGUAAAACAUCUUCAAGUUUGCUCCCUACCAUUAAGAAAGACCCUGAUAUGCUUACUGUUAAGAAAGACCCUGAUGGGAACCAGUUUAGAGGUCAUCUUGAUAAGAGCUCUGAGAAGGAAGGUAAAAUCCUUCACAAUGUGAAGCUUGAAGUUUUAGAAGCAUCAGAAUCUCAGGAACCUCCACUUUUUUCAAUGGUUGACCAAAACACCAAAUGCAAUAGUUCUACUGAGGCAGGCAAACCCUCUCAUCAGGAAAUCCCGUUUAAUGACAAAGUUGUAACCAUAGUUCCACUGAGAGUAAUUGAUCCACCCAUCAAAGAUUCUCCUGAUAGCCCUGAUCCAGAGCCACAAUUCAUGAAGUCUAACAGCUCAGAGAAAAGUGACUCAGUCACUGAAGAAACCAGAGAGGAAAAUAACAGUGUCUCAGUUUCACCUGUGAAGGCUGAAAAUAGUUUUCUGUCCUUAUGUGGCCAAGAAAUGUUACCCGAUGUAUUGGGAGCUACUUCAUUCUCAAAAGACAAAAAUUUUGAUUGUAAGAUUCUAAAUCUCCAGGCUCCAGGUCCUUUUGGUGAAGCAUUGGAAAAGACAGACAAGCAAAUAAAAGUGGAAAGUCUAAACUUAAAGCAUCCAGUGACAUCAGAUGUGGUAGGUGGAAAUUUAAAUCAAGCCAACUGUUCAGGUAUCCAGAGCUCAGGACUUGUCAUGGACCCUUUAACAGAGUGUUCAGUAUUUGGUAUGAGUGGUCCAAAACCAGAUACUAAGGGGACUGGACCUACUGAACCAAAAAAAUUCUUCAGAAAAACAGAUGAGAGCUUUCCAGGGUCUAACAUGAAAAAUCAAGGCAUGCACAUUGUGAGUCCCAACAUUUGGGGUCUUGAGCAACACACAAAAUCACUUGCUAAUACCUGUCCAGGGACAAGUGUGAGUGAUUUAGGAACUGCAAUGAGUGGAAUCGAGGCAAUCACCUCAACAGCGCACACCCAACAGGAAAAUACAGAUAUCAGUUCUGAGACUGGUAUGAAAUGCCCAGAUAGAGGUGAAGAAACUUUUAAUGUGAGAUGCUCAGGAAGUGAUCAGAUGCAAUCAAGGCAAGAUGACAGUCCAGUUGUAGAUGUAAGAGUUCGCCAGAAAGGGGAUUUCCAAUCACAUGAAAACAAUGCAGAAAUGAGCAGGGUGGGAUGUAGUCAAAAUACCAGUUUAGAUACAAAUGUGUCGACAAAUGCAGAUGGUUCAGUUCUGAAAGGGGACAGAUUAUCAGCAGCAAAGAUAACAGAGGAAAGGCGUGGCACACAAAAAGGUCAAGAUUUACCUACAGGGGGACUGGUACCAGACAUAAAUUAUGAAAAUAGUAUGUCUUACAUUGAACAAGCCAGCAUAGGGUCUAGAGAACAUAUCAGUCUGCCACAGUCACAUGUCAGGUCUGAAAGAAAUAAGCAUGACCCUAACACAAGAGAUACUUUAAACAAAUUUAGAAGGCCAGAUGUGGCAGAAAAAAGACACAUGGAGUCUGGUCAAACUCUGGGUGAUAUGGGUUGGUCAGGUGUGGGGGAUACAGGCACCAGAGAUAUCAAAGAAAAGGGGCCAGGUAGAGGAGAAGUAGACAAGCAAGAAAGUAUACAUGGACACUGGCUGCAAGAGAGACAUUUACAAAUAAAUCAAGAAAACAGAGGUCCUAUUACAAACAUUACAAAUCCAGCCUGGAGGGGUCCAGGAUUUGAUGUGAGGGGGCAGAUAAGUCAAAGUGAGGGCCAGGGUCCACAUGUGAGGGAUCAAAUCAGGAAUGAUCCAGGAUCAGACAGGAGAGAUGAAUGGAGAGGAAAAGACAAAAGGGGAUCAGACGCAGUGAAAGGGGGACAAUUUAUACAUGAUGAAAGAGGUCAGACAGAUUUGAGAGGUCCAAAUUUGGAGACCCAGGGUCCUGGCAGAAGACAUGCGAUAGACUUGAAUUGUGGAGAGCUGGGGUCUGACAUCAAUCCAAACUUCAAGGACCUCAGAUCAGGUGCUGAUGAUUUCUUGGGAGCAGGCCUUGAUAGCAAAAUUCCAUUUGUUGAAGGUCCUGGGUCUAACAGGGGAGGAACAGAUUUUAGGGGACCGUGCCCCGAAAACAGGAGUCACAGGGGGGUUAGCCCAGGGCCUGGCUGGAGAGGACCCAGACACCAAGAUGUGUUGGAACCAGGCAAUGUAAAUGCAUGUCAGACUGGGACUGACAGGCAAGAACCUGGACACCCAGUCUACAGUGAACCAGGGCCUGAAAGUAGAAGGGGUGCCAGACCAUUCAGGAGAGGCCCAGAUUUUAGAGGACCAGAGCUUGAGGGAAGAGGUUCCUCUGUAGAGGGUCCUGUCAAUGAAACGAGAGGAUUAGGACAUCCAGAUUCCAGAGGGCAGGGGUCUGAUGGUGGAGAAUCUUUAGGUAUUGAUUUCAGAAGACAAAGGUUUGCAAGGGCAAGUUUAUUUAGAGAUCCUGGUGAUGAUAGUAGAGGACCCAGAGGUCCAAAUUUAAGAGGGCAAAAUCCUCCAAGACAAGCUCCUUCAAUGGAAAGUCCUAUGGAUGACUUAAAGGGACCUAGAGGUCAAGAAUUCAACAGAGCUGGGCCAGAAAAAAUAAGUCCUGCCAUGCAGGGUCCUGGGCCUGACAGGAGAGAACUUGAAAGGCAAGAUGUCAGGGGGCCAGGUCCUCAUAGAAGAGGUCCCCCUCUGGAAGGUCAUGGUAAUGACCCAAGAGGACAUAGGGUUCCAGAUUUCAGAGGACUAGGGCCAAGUAGGGAUCAUUCAAUGCAAGGUCCUGGGCCUGACAUGAGAGGACCUGCAGGUCCAGAUUUCAGAGGGCCAGGUGAUCAUAGAGAAGGUCCGUCUUUUGAGGGUUCUUGGCAUGGUUCAGGAGGACCUGAGGGUUUUAGAAGACUGGGGCCAGAGUCUCGGGAUCACACUAUCCAGGGUCAUGGGCCAGACACAAGAAGAUUUGUAGGUCCAGAUUUAAGAGGGCCAGGUCAUGAAAGAAGAAGUCCUUCUUUUGAGGGUCAUAUGCAUGACCAAAGAGGACCAAGGGGUCCCAAUUUCAGAGGAUCGGGUUAUGAAAGUAAAGCCCUAACAACUAGCCAUUCUGAGAGACCUUGGGAUCCAGAUUUCAGAGGACCACGGCCAGAUGGUACAGAUCAUGCAAUGCAGGGUCCUGGGCCUGGUGGUAGAGGGCCUGUAUGUCCAGAUUUAAUCUGGCCAGGUCCUCUAGAGAGAGGUCCUCCAAUAGAGGGUCCUGGGCAUGACCCAAGAGAACUAAGAGAUCCAGAUUUCAGGGAACCAGGACCAGGUCCCCAAAGAAGAGGGCCUCCUAUGGAGGAUCCUACUCAUGACAAGGGAAGACCUGGAUAUCCAGAUAUCAGAGGAUCAGGAUCUGUAAGACAAUACCAUGAGAAUUCUGGACCUGACAGGGGGAGACCUGGAAGACCAGGGUUAGAGGGUAGAUAUCCUGCUAUGCAGGAUACUGGGACUGAUGGUGAAGGAUCUGGAGGUCCAGAUUUUAGAAGGCCAGGUCCCCAACGGAGAGGUCCACCUGUGGAGCGUCCUGGGCUACACAGUGAUGGCCCUGGCUCAGACUUAAGAGGACCAGGACCAGAGAGAUGUCCUGCCAUGCAGGGCUUUGUGCCUAGCAGGGGAGGACCUGGAGAUCCAGAAUUUAGAGGAACAGGGCUUGAGAGGAGAGGUUCUACUUUGCAGGGUUGUGCACCUGAUUGGAGAGGGCCCAGAGAUCCAGAUUUUAGAAGGACAGAAACUGGAUGUAGAGAUCUUCCCAUAGAAAAUCCUUUUGAUAAUAGAGGAGAAUACAUUGGUUCAGAUUGCAGAGGAACAGGGCCUGAAUGGGGAGGUUCAGCUAUGGAGAAUCUGGGACCUGCAUCGAAGGAAAUUGGUGGUGCAGAUUCUAGGGGUAUAGGAUUUCAAGGUCAAGUUCAUGACAAAGUGCACAGUGUGGACACUAGAGAGCCUGGUAAGAAAGGACCACGGGGUUCAGGUUUCCAUGGAACUGUGCCUGAAAGGAGAAGUCCCGACUUAGGAGGGCCUGUGUGUAACACAGAAAGUCUGUCCAUGCAAGUUCUAGGACCUGACAGGAGAGGGUCUUUCAUGGGUGUUUCUGGGCCUGACUUAAUAGAAAUGAGGCCUGAAAGCAGUGGUCCAGAUAUGGCACGUCCAGGGACCUACAGUAGAGGAAAGAGAGGACCGCAUUUCAGGGAAAGUGUACAUUCAAGUAUAGAGGGCCCAGAGCUCAGAGAUGGUAGGGGUCCAGACUUCAAGGGACCAUGGCCUAAAAGACCUGAUUUGGGGAUGGAGGAGCCAGGAGGUUCAAACAUUUGGGUACCAGGGCUUGAGCAUUCAAGUCAAAACGCUGAGGGGCCAGGACAAUACAGGAGCGGUCCAGAUAGCAUUAAUGUAAUGGGAACCGGGCCAGAAACGAGACCUCUUGGUAAAGAGGGCCCUGAAUAUAAUAGGAGAAGUCAACACUUUAGAGGAGGGAGGCCUGAUAGAGCCAUGGAGGGUCCAGGACCAGGUGAGACAGAAAGUUGGGAUUUUAAAGGACCAGGAGGUCACAUUAGAGGGCAAGAAAUUCGGGGAGUAGGACCUCAUAGACACGAUUCAGGAGGAUCUGACUUGAGGGAACCUGGACCUGGAAGAAUUGGCUUAGAUAUUAGGGGCCCAGGAUCAGAUUGGGGAAGAUCAGGUAGUCCCAACCAUGGAGCUGACAGAGGAAGGCCUGACUUUGCAUCAGAAUCUGUUCAAGAGCGCCCACGUAUAGAGGACCAUGGCGAUCAACACAUGAGAGGAAGAGGGCCUAGGAGGAGAUAUAUGAGAGGAGGCAGAGCAAAUUUGAGCAAUCAGGGGGACAGAUGGACAGGACCAGAUUUCAGAGAGUCUACGCCUGAUUGGAGGAGCACAGACACAAAGCAUCAACAGUCAGAUGAAAAAGGUGCAAAUACAAUGGCUGCAGAAGAUGAAAGAGAAUUUUCCAGGAAUGACUGGAAUAGACAUUUCAACAGGGGUCCAGGCCCAAUACAUGACAGCCAAGAUGGACGGGUUGAAGAAUUUUGUGUGGAAUGGAAAGGCCCUGGAAGACAAGAGCGAAGACCAAAACAGGAAAGACCAAAUAUGCCAUUUUCUAGGUCUUACAGUAGAUCAGGGGAUGAAUGGACUGGCCCUGAUCAUAGAGAUCCAGGUCUUGUCCCGGAUGAUCCAGUGUAUCAACGACCUGCAAGGGGAAGACCUGGUAAUGUAUGGAGAGAGCCUGAGAGAGGGGUUGCUGGGCCAGGCAGAGAGGACACUGGUCCUUACUUUAGAGAGGAAAGGCCUGCAGGCAGUAGAGGAUUACACCACAGAAGAAGAGGUCCAGACAUGAGAGGAGGUUCAAACAUGGGGAAUGACUGUGUGCCGCCAGAUUUCAGGGGAGGACACAUGGAAGGACCUGAAGAUUGUAGAGGACGUCCAGGCCUGAGCAGAGGAUUUGAGAUUGAGGGUCCUGAUAGAAGAGGCCAAAGGGGUCCAGAUUUAAUACACUCUGAGCAUGAAAACAGAAAUUUAAAUAUUGAAGGUCCAGCAGCAGAUGGGAGGUUUUCAGAUUUUGGGGAGCAAGGAUUUGAAAGACCAGGUGUAGGUGGGGAGAACCCUGGAACAGGUAGACAAGGAUUUGGGCAUAACUUUAGGAGGGGGAGGGGAGGUCUAGAAGUCAGGAGACAUAGCUCUGAGAAAGCAGACAUAAGAGGACCAACUCCUGAAAGGUCUGAUUUAAGACAUGGGCCUGAAAGGUGGAAUAUUGAUACAGAGAGCCCAGGGUUAGGCCCAGGGGGAUCUCGGGCAGCAUCACCCCAUUUCAACUCACACCCUGGUUCAGAAAACCAACUUAAUCAGCAUGAAGUAAAACCCCAGAGACACAGAGUGGCCUUACUUCCUACUCCAACAGGUCUCAUUCGCUUCCCAAACCGCACCAUCAAUAAGUCUGAAAGCUGUAGUCCACAACAUAGACAAGCACUUCACUCAGAGAGAUUUAGGCAGUUAAGUCAUGACAGAGAGCUGGUGAAAGGGAAAAAUCAAGGGCAAGAAAAAUAUCCUGAUAAGACCAGAACACCUAUUGAUAAAAGCACAGAAAGUAGAGGGAAAAAAGAUGGAGGAGAUGACGCUAACAAAUAG